GCUGUUCAAUUGAGCUGACUCUGAACGAAAUGUGACAUUUGAAGAGCUUGUCCAGCCCUAUUUAUUGUUACAGUAAGAAGUUGUUAAUUACAUUUUUAGACAAUGAUUGAGAUGAAUAAGGCUGCAAUUGGGAUUGCAGCAGGACUUGCUGGCACAUUGUUCAUAGGAUACUGCAUUUACUUUGACAAGAAACGCCGUAACGACCCUGACUACAAGAAAAAAGUCCGAGAACGUCGACGCCGCAAUCGUAAGACUGGAUCCGCCAAGCAAGGAAUGCCAAAUCUAAAUGACCACGAAGCCAUUGAAAGAUAUUUCCUUCAAGAAAUCCAGCUUGGCGAGACCUUGAUAGCUAGCGGUAAUUUCGAAAGCGGUGUGGAGCAUUUAGCAAACGCCAUUGUAGUAUGUGGACAGCCAGCUCGUCUAUUACAAGUGCUUCAGUCAUCUCUGCCGGCCCAAGUUUUUGCCAUGCUUAUUCUUAAAAUGCAAGAGUUUGGUAAUAGGGCUGCUGAAUCUAACGAGGGACUGGUCGUUUCUGGGUCAAGCUCGGGACAGGCUAACAAUUCAAAUAUAUUAGAAAGCUCUGGAAAUGUAACUAUUGAUGACCUGGAGUAAAUUUCCAAAAUUAACUAUUGAACUUAAAGCUUAAAUUUGCGUAAAAGUAGUUGAAUGCUACAUAUUAUAAUUUAAUAUUCGAUACAUUUGUAUUGUACAAAUAUUACUGUUAACCA